AUAAUUUUAAGAGUAAUGUUGGAGACAAUAAAUACAACUAUGUACUUUCUCAGAACAUAAAAAUUUAAUUAAUUAGAUAAAUGACACUUUAAAACUUUGCAGUGGAAUCAAUUAUGAGCUUAUACUUGACUUUUAGUGUUUUUUAUUUAAUGUUAAAUGUAAUUAUCAGAGGAGACAAAAUUUGUGAAGAGUUAACCCGGUCAACAUUUAAAUUGUCAUCUUAUUCUACGAUUCACGAGUGCGAAAUAGUAACGAUAAAACUCGAUGAGCACAGCAGAAGAACAUUUCGACUUUCAAUAUUAUCCAACGAAACAGUAAUUGAAUCUUUGUACUUUCAUAAAACUGACGGAUUGCUAGCAAGAAGCGAUACUCCUGUUUAUCUUACGGAUCGUGAGUCGCUUGAAAAAAUGUGCGGUGCUAAGAUUUAUAAAGAUUACAAAUUUAUUAAAACUUCUUUUGAAGAGUAUGUUCCAGAUAUGGGUGAUUUUAGAUUUUAUCACAAUUAUAAUAGAACAGCAUCGUUGGUUGUAUUUUUUAAGAAGACUACUAUACAAUUGGAGGGUAAUAUUGGCCACAAUGUACUUCGAUAUCUACCAUCAGAAGGUCAUGCUGAGGAAAAUAAAUAUGUGUACGCCAAAAUAAUGUUGUCUGCAUUCCAUAAAUGGAAACCUGAAGAUAUUUUUAUUGACACUUCAACACUGUCAUAUAAUUUGUACGUUCCAGAUUUGGAAGUAGUAAACUGUAAACUAUUUGUUAUACUUCACCCAAAUUCAAUAAUCGACAAACCAAGAAUAGAAUUAAUGCGGACUAUUUUGAUGUUUUACAAUCACCUGGAUAUGUUCUUUGGAAAUUUUACGUCUCCAAAAAUACGACUUACUCUCAAAGGAAUUCUCUUUCCAGAUAUUGGCAAAACGAUUCCUUACGAAGGCAACAAACUAGAUUUACAAUUAUUAAAUUGGUCUGAAAUUGACAUAGCAUUAAUGAAAUUUAUAAAAGAAAAAAAAGAUUAUUUUCAAUUAGACACUCAUGACAAAGUUUAUUUUUUGUCUCAAACAAGCUACGGUAAAGCGCACGUAGGAUUUAGAGAACCUGAAGGAGAGAUUUGUAAUGAUCCACCGAUGCCAAGAAUAGCUGCCGUAAUUCACGGAGAUCUUUUGACUUAUCACAUCAUCCACUUGCAAUAUUUAGCUAGAACGUUUGGCGGGCAGUUUGUUCAGCCCUGCGAGUCUCUCCCUGGAAUUUUAUACCACAGAAACAAACAAAUUAACCCACCGCUGUUAGUUUGGUCUUCUUGUACUAUCGGUGGCUUUUCAACUUAUUUCAAUGAAAAUGAAUGCUCUCACUUUAAUAAAAAUAGGCCACUUUUAACAACGACUAUAAGAGAUUCUAAAGAUGAUCGGCUGAGGAUAGCAAUUGAGCUUGAUGUACAAACACGGCGAGCUUACCAGAAAAAUAAAAAUAUUAAUGUGGGUCUGACUAUUAAUAUCACGUAUGACUCAAAAACUUUGGUUUGUUCUUUUAUCAAAGGAGACAAAUAUUGUCAAGAAUUAACUCGCUCAACAUUUAAAUUGUCAUCCAAUUCUACAAUUGAAGAGUGUAAAAUAGUUAGAAUAAAAUUAGACGGCUUUAGCAACAGAAGCUUUCAUUUAUCAAUAUUAUCUAAUGAUUCAAUAUUAGAAUCAUUAUAUUUUGUUAAAACUGAUGGUCUGCUAGCAGACAGUGAAACUCCUGUUCAUCUGAUGAACUUGCAGUCGCUUAAAAAAAUGUUGGGUGUGGUAGUCAAUGAAGACUACCGAUUUAUAAAAACUACUAUCAGAGAAUACGUUUCAGAAAUGGGUGACUUUAGACUUUACCACAACUACCAAAAAGUAGCUUCAAUGUCCGUCUUUUUUCAUAAAACUGGAUUACAGUUGGAAGGUAACAUUGGACAUUAUAUACUUCGACAUCUUCCAUCGGAAGAUAAUCCUCAGCAAAAUAAAUAUAUUUAUGCGCAAUUAUAUUUUCCAGGUAAUUAAAUUUGUUUUAUUUCUUCUUUUUAAUUAAUAAAAAUUUUACAAAUAAUUAUUACAGAU